GGCGCGGGGCCGGGGCAGCCGCUGCCGGCCGGCGGCGGGGAGGCGGCUCCCGCCCUGGAGCUGGUGCGGCCGUCGGUGACGGAGCUGUGCCAGGUGCGCACCAACAUCCUGUGCACCGUGCCCGGCUGCGGCAAGGUGCUGCCCAACAGCCCGGCGCUCAGCAUGCACCUCAGCAAGGCGCACCGCCUGCAGGAUGGAAAAUUUAAUGUACCAAUAAGGAAGGGGUUGAAAACUCCACAGAAAUUCUACUGCUGUCCUAUCGAAGGCUGCCCUAGAGGACCAAACAGACCAUUUUCCCAGUUUUCUCUUGUGAAACAGCACUUUAUGAAGAUGCAUGCUGAAAAGAAGCACAAAUGUGAUAAAUGUAGUAACUCCUAUGGUACAGAAUGGUAUUUGAAACGGCACAUAGAGGACUGUGGCAAGACUUUCCGGUGCACUUGUGGGUGUCCGUAUGCCAGCAGACCAGCGUUACUGUCUCACAUUUACCGAACUGGACACGAAAUUCCUGCGGAGCACAGGGAUCCUCCUAGUAAGAAAAGGAAAAUGGAAACCUCCGUACAUAAUCAGCAGUUGGCGGAGAAAGCAAAUAAAGCAUUCAUCGAUACACAUAAUAGUAAUCCUGGCACUCAGGAACUGGAGUCAUCUGAAGUGAAACUAGUAGCCUCUUUUGAAGGUUCCUGCAAUUCUAACUUCACGAAGCAAGUACAGCCAAAAUGUACACCGAAGAUGCUUUUGCCAAAGCCCAAAGUGGCUUUGGUUAAACUUCCAGUGAUGCAGCUCGCUCACUUGCCUGUGUAUGUGUCUGCAACAGAUUCUUCUGUCAAACCUGUUGUAGUGGCUGUUGAUAAUCAAGGUUCAGUUUUAAGUACCGUUCAUUUAUUGCCUCAGUCUGUAGGAAUUCUGAUUCCAGCAUUGGAGGCAGAAACGCUUGUAUUUAAAGACACUAUGCCUGUCUCAAAAGUAACAAAUUCUGGUGAUAAUGAACCAGUAAGUACUGGUGUGCAAGUUGACUUGGACAAGGUUGCACCAAAUAGCCCAGGUCAAGAACCGGGGAAUGUUUGUCAUAAGAGUAACAUUUCUUCAAUAAAUGUACAGACUGACUUAUCUUAUAUUUCACAGAACUUUGUGCCGGCUGCAGCCUGGACUCCCGAUUCUUCUGUGUCUUCUUGCUCUCAGACAGAUCUGUCAUUUAGUUCACAGGUUUCACUGCCCAUCAGUGUACAAACACAGACGCUGCUGCCUGCUUCCAAACUGACUUCAUCCAUAGCUGCUCAGACUGACGAUUUCAGUCAGGCUUGUUUCCCUACAUGUGGCAUUUCUAGAGAGACCCAAACCAAUAGAACACAGGACUCCAUUGAUGGAAGAGUGCAGAUGGACCAGGCUGUAAUGUGCAGUGACAUCUUUGACAAUGUUCAUUCAUCAUAUAAUGUUUCUACUCAGAUUGAGCUUCCAGAAAACAACUUAAUGACUGCAAAUAUAGAUCAAGCCUUGCUGCAGAGGAGUAAUUGCAAGAGCCUCAAUCAAGAUACAGUGAAGUCUGAAUCCCUUAUCGGCUUUAAUACCCAGACUAAUAUACUUCCACCUCAAAAUACGAUGGAUAAUCAAACGCAGACAAUGGACUUGCUAAGUGAUCUGGAAAAUAUCUUUUCAGGAAACAUGUCUGGCCAGACCCUGGAUAAUCGUGGCCUUUUGUCCGAGACUAGCUCUAAUGCUGACACACAUCUGCCAUCUGGUCCAUCACAGAGCACAGGAAUAGACUUCGACAUUGAAGAGUUCUUUUCAGCAUCCAAUAUCCAAACUCAGACUGAAGAGAGUGAGCUUGGUACCCUAAACUCUGAGCCAGUUUUGGAGUCGCUGGACAUUGAAACUCAGACUGAUUUCUUAUUUUCAGAUAGUGCCACUCAAUCAUAUAGCUGCAGAGGAAAUUCUAACUUCUUAGGUUUGGAGAUGUUUGAUACGCAGACACAGACAGACUUGAAUUUCUUCUUGGACAGUAAUACCCACCUGCCUUUAGGAAGCAUUCUGAAGCAGUCUAGUUUCUCCAUGAGUACUGACUCAUCGGAUACAGAAACCCAGACAGAAGUAUAUCCUGCCACUAAAAACAUACCUAACCAGAGCAUAGAAAGCAAAGUCCAGCUCAAUAGUGCUGAAACACAGACUAUGGACAGCUGCUUUGAGAAUCUGGGGAAUUUAUUCCUUACCAGCAACGAGACACAGACAGCAAUGGAUGACUUUCUUCUGGCUGACUUAGCCUGGAAUACAAUGGAGUCCCAGUUCAGUUCGGUAGAAACGCAGACCUGUGAAGAGCUGUGCUCCUUGUUUCAGAGCUCUGACAAGCCCAGCCAUUGAGUACUGUGUCACAAAACUGUUUUGUGUGGUUUGAAGUUAAAUUAUUGGGGUGAGAGAGAGAGAGAUUGACCAAGUCACCCAUUUUGCAUUGUUGAAUGUAGUUACUGCGUGCAGUUGGCCUAAGAGACUUCUCACGCUGAAGGUACUUCAUUGAGUGUGUAACUUCAACAUACACUAUGUGUGCAUAAAGAGGGGUGGGGGAGGGCAUAACAUUAAUGUAUGUUUGAACCUUAAACAAAAGUUUGUGGUGCCUAUGUUUUUUGCUCAGACUUCUUUACAAAGCUGAUACUGCUUCACUUAAACGGAAGAACUUUCCAAGGUGUCCCAUAUAUAUCUAUUUCUGGCUUAUAUAUAGGGUUCCGUUGUGCUGGACCAAAACCUGACCUGUCCAAUUCAGAUGCUUCCCUGAACUUAUGGGGGAGGAUUCUCUUAGUGUAAGCUACUUCUGUUUACUUUUUUUAGUAGCUUGUAUUUUAAAUCUGGCAUGGACAUAAUAAGCUGUAUUGUCGUCUUUUACUUUAUGCCUUCACAGUUCUUUCUCCUGUGUAAGUCAGUAUUUUCCAAACACCUGUCCAACAGGCUUAGAUACACAUAGACUCCUGAAUUAUUGAACAUGUAGGUAUUUUUUAAAAGAAAAAUGUAGAAAACAGUAGUUUUUUUUUCCCCAGGUGGCACUGAUGCCCUUUGAAUGGUAGGAAAAUAACUUAGAAUACAUAAUUACAGAGAAAAAUGUGUUGUCCCUUUAAGCUAGUGUAAUAAAUGGGACUUAAAAUAUUUUUAGAGUCUUAAGGAGAGGUCUGCUUAAGUUAUUUCUGAGUGUUAGAUGCAAAUGUUAUAAUGCUUGUGCCUCAAAAACUGGAAUAAUUUGUUUUUGCGGAAGUUCCCCUAGCCUCUACUGAGAUACAAGCUGGGAAUGUUAUAAGGGUUUAUAUUUCCACUAUCUUAACAAAAAACAUUAAAGUUCAGAAAUUAAAUUUGCUAAGAUACUUCUGCACAAACUCUCCUGGUUUUGGACUUCUGCUUCCAGAAACAAAGCAGACUGAGCUCUGUACAACCGAGCUGCGAGAUCAGCUCACCAAAACCCUUUUGGAAGAGGUGUGUUUUGCUUUUGCACAUGGAUCUGCAGCCGGUGGUGCCUGCUGCUUUUGGAGAGCUUGCUGAGUGUAAUCAAAAACUCAGACUAAUUUGUCAAAGAGAACCGUGUUACCCCUUGAUUUCAUAUUUAUCUUACCCCUGGUACCAUACUUGCAGUAGAUGCAUUUACAUGAAAAAUGUAAGCCAGUUGUGAAUGUAUGCUGGAAUUCAGCCUUAACUGAUUUUUGUCUCCUUACAAUACCUGCAAAAUGUAGGCCUCUGGUUUUGUCCUGGGCAGGUUUUAGUUUCUGUUACCUUAAAUGAAAAGCAAAACAUCUUUGUGUCAAAUUCCUGGGCCUGUAAUAGAUUUUACUCCUCUAUUAUGAGAGGAGUUACUGGCUGUGUAUUUACUAGGCAGCCCACCAGUAGUUGCUCAUCCAAGCCUUAGUUUUUGAAGGCUCACUACACUUUGUGUGCAGCUCCAUAUCCUCAACUCAAGGAUGUGGGAGUUCGGUUACUCAUCCAAUGCAGCUAGCUUGUUUUGUUGAAAAUGAGCAAUACCUUUCCAUUUUAUUCUCUCUUCCCACUACUCUUUAAAUUGCUAUAGUUAAAUCAACACACUAGUAAGUAUCUCGAUGCUGGAGAUCAUCUCUUCAACCUUGAAACUUUCAUUUUCCUCCUGGGGAGAGGAAAAAAAAAAAAAAAGGCCUGAAAUCACAAAUGCAUUGCCUUUUUAGUUUUUCAGCACUUUUAGGUGGGUGUUCAGACACUUCCAGGCGCUAGCUGAAGAAACUGCAUAAAUAAAUACCGUACUCCCAAGGGAGAGUACAAGAAUUUUGCUUUGGGGAAAGUCCCACCAGUUUUCGUGAGGUCUAGAGUUUUAAUCUUGGGGGUGGGAUGUACUGGAAAAGGAAGACAUAGCUUGUAAUUCUCUAUUUUGUAAGGUAUCACUGAUUUGUGUUUACCUACCUACUUUGAAGUUGAGAAAUAAGGUAAAUGACAAAACUGAGUUAAUUUAUUGUAUUGCAGUGUUUUUCUAGUCGUGUUACAUCUUUGGGCUUUGGAGGUGUUUUUCCUUCUCCUUUCUUCCCCCUGGCUGGAACAGCGGAGAACGCUUCUGCAUGCAGAGGCUUCGCCAUUUUCACUGUGCGAGUUGUCUAGACUGACACGAGCUGCUCUAAAUCUGAUUCCUAGAUUACUGAGAGAAAGGGAAUUGAGAGCUGGGGAAAACUAUUUUCCCCAGCUGUAGAAGGCAGAAGUGAGAAACUGUUACCUCUGCAUAUAGCAAGCUGGUCUUUUUCUGCAAGAGAGGGACUUUUAAGUGAUGAGGAACAGAAUUACGGAAGGCUUUGAGUUUCAACCUUCUGAGAGACUGGCUGGCAUUUCAAGGACUUUGAAGGUAAUUUACGAAUCCAAAUGAGAAUCACCAUGUUGUUAAGGUGUAAGCCAAACCUUUUAACAUCAGUGAUUCUCAGAAAAAAAAAAAGGGGGGGGGGAGUUUGUGUGGACAGUCUUACAAUAUGACUGUUACUUAUUGUUUUGUAAUUAAAAGUAUUUAUAAGUUUGUGUUCUGUUAGAACAUGCAAAUACCAUUUCCUUUCCUCAUCGGUUUAAAAGUUUGAACUUUCAUUAGAUGAGCACAAUACUACAAGAUGAAGUUACUUAUUGAAAGCAUUAAAAAAAAACAUUAAAUGUACCCACGUUGUCUUUCGUCAGUGACCUACGUCCCUAAAUAAAUGUAUUUUUUUCAGAAGUUUGGUUCCUCAUAAAAGAAACAAGUUUGGAUCCUACGUUGGUGGCAUAUGUCCCUUAUUUUGGAUACGUUAAGUAUUUGUGUGCAAAUGCAAAGGCUACAACAGACUGUUCAUAGUUCCUGAAUCCCACAGUAAAGCUAUGGAAACCGAUCUGAAAAAUUGUUGAUCAAUACUACUCUUAAAAAUUAAACGGUUUCUUUUAAAUGGUUAAUCUUCUAUUUUGGCCAUUGUUUUAAAAUAAAUUUAAAUCAGAACUAUUUCUUGGUAGUACUGAAAUGAUACUUAUCUCCCUUUUUCUGCAGUUUGUCUCUGAUUUGAUUUUCGAGGCACUGUCUCUGUUGUAAGUAUUGAUCAGUAGCGACUUACUAUUUUGCUAAUUCUCUUUUGUAUCCUCUACUGCCACUUGAACCGCUACACAAAAAGUAACAUCAGAUUCUCCACAGCCUCUUAGCACAAAUUUUUAUCUGGAAGUGAUACUAAUAUUACUUGUGCUUACUCUGUGCAUUUCCUGCUUAAUUACGUUAUGCUGCAAUUACUGGAUCUCGAUCUGGAUGUCUGUGUAAUACUACUCUAAAACUGAAUUAGUCAGUAGUUCGGUAGUUUGGCUUGAGCUUUUUAGUGUUUAAGGAGAAAACCUGAGAUUUACCUUUGUGUAUCAACUGCUGCUUCUGCAAGUUCAGUCUUUUGUCUCUGGGAAGGAUAGUUGGUGCUUCAGACAAGUGAAAAUGCCCGGCAGAGCCCGACAAAUUCCUAUUGGUAAGACUAUUUCCAAAGACUUCACGGGACUUCUGGAUCAUCAGAUUGUCAAAAAGAACUCUCAUCUUGCAUUCUGUUUACCGUAAUUUCAGCCUCACUGAGACUACAGCGUUCUGUUAGGAAUCGGUCAGAACAGGUGUAUUUACUAACUGUGCUGUCUAAUGGAUCCAACUUGUUCCAAGCACUUUCAAACUAAACGUAUCAGUGUCUUAUGUUUUGUCAGAUAGCUGAUGAUAGUCAUAAGUCACAGAUACAUUUUAGCAGCAUUUAGUUUUGUGCUGUUUAAGAGUAAUGCAGCUGUGUACGCGUGUAGGCAAAAUUCAGCGGUUCUGUUUGAAAUUUUUGGCUUCUGAGAGAACAUUGGCUUACAAAAGUUAAAUACAUUCCACUUUAAGGUAUAUGAACAAUCAGACAGAAAUGAAACCCAAGCAAAUUUGGGACAUGCAUUCUAUGAGAAGCACAAAGCAGCCAAAAAAUAAGUCCUGUUUUGUUGCCUUCCAUGUUUGUCACUUGAUGUUAAAAGCUUGUAUGAGAGUAGAUAAGGUUCUUCUACUUUAGGAGUUAGGGUAAUGUCUAUUUGCACUUGUAAAUACUUGCUUCUGCUUUGAGUAGGGAGCAAAUCAUCCCCCUAGCUCUUCGUGUCAGCUUAAGAGACAUUGCUAGUUUAAAGGCAGAGUUUAUUAAUGACACAUGUUCUUAGCUAUGCAAAGCUGUUUGUGUCUAGAAACUUCUCACUUCCAAAUGACGUGGAAUCUUUAAAAAAAAAAAAAAAAAAAAGAUAAUACAUUCAGCUGUUUAACUUAAAAAGCUGUAAAGACAGCCUGCUGAGACCUUGACCAUUUUGGCACCUGUAACUUGUGUAUGUAAUUAACACUCCUUUCAAAAUUGUAUUCCAAGGCGCACACUGUCAUGUUUUCUGUUGAAAACAAAAGGAUAAAUUUCCCUGUUAGCCAUAUGUACCUUGAGAGCGUAGAGGCAACAGAACAAAGAAAGGUGACUGCCUUCCACUGUUUUAAAUCUUUAUCCUGGUAACACGCUCACAUGGUUAGUCAGAUGUAAAUUGAUCUCUGUGAGGCUUGGAAAAGAAAUGUAAGCGUUGCCAGGAUUGUUAUCUUAAAGAUCUUGAGGGUUUUUUGUUUGUUUUAAAAUACGUUUUCAAAUAUGGGAUAAGUAAGACUAAUAAAAUACACAGUGAAUCAACAUAAGGUGCUCAACUUGCAAAAUAGUAUCUGUUCCUGAAAUGACAAUUCAUAGGUGAACCAAACUUACUUGCAUUUAUUGUGAAAGUUGUAUAGCUUCCUUUAAGCUAUUUUUGAAAUGUUUUGUGUUUUUUUUUUUCUUUUCUUUAAACAUGACCUUAAUGUACAACUUACUCUUCCAAAUACAUUCACACCAAAAUGUUUUUAAUGCUGUGGGCCUUGUAAACAUUUUCAUUCAUGUUUGUUUUAAGGUGCUGCUAUAUUUGAGUUCCUGAUAGAAUAGAUCUACUGUAAACAGACCUCCAUUCAUGAUUUCCUAUGGACACUAUGAGGAUAGGGUUGCUCAGUGGUAGCAAGCUGCUUCAAUGCAUGGUGCAAACCUGCAUCUUCUGUUCCUUUUGUUACCAUCUUUUUUGUUUGUUUUCACGGUUGAUGUGAAUCAAAAUGAGUGCUAGAAGGAUUUGCUGCUUAGAGCAUGAUUGUAUUUUCUUGUUUAAAUUGCCAUUGCUAUGCAAUGAACAGCAUCAAGGAACUACAUCGUUCAACUCUGCAUUGCUUUGCAGUCAGGUUGAUGUUAUGUUUGUCUCGUGUGCGACUCUUCCGCUUCAUCGAAAAUGUAAUCGGACAGCCUGAAACUGGAAAUUCCCAAAGGAGCUGCUGAUCUCUAGUUGAACAACGGAAGUCCUUUACUUCUGAUUCUUUUUCAUAUAUUGGCUUUUCAGGAGUAUCUUCAACAUAACUAGCAAUGGAAUACAAUAGAUGGCUUGUGAUGAUGUAAACCGUGCAGCAUCCAUUUUACAACGAGUAACGCUUUACAUGCAUGCUUCAAGCACUCGGAUGCAGAGCUAGACUGAUCAUAUUCUAUUUUACAGAUAUCUGCAAGUGCAUCUAUGAUAAAAUAAAGCUAGAUAUGAAAGAUAGCCUUUAUUUCCAGCUUACAGAACUCAAGAUCUGAUUAUGAUCUAAUUUAAACUUGUAACUAUUGGAAUGGAUGAGUAAUAAAUCUCACAGGUGAGCCUUUCCCAAAGCAUGUGUGAGUUAAUACGUCUGGAAAAUGACCUUAAAAUGUGUUUUCUCAUCACUGGUGGGGUUUUGAUCUAGUGGACAAAUUUAGUUUUCAAAGGAUGUUCAUGUAUGAUUCUUGCUAUAAGCCAAUAAACUUGCAGUGAGUGGAGAAAAGCAAGUUUUCAUUUCUUAUACCUGUUUUACAAGUGACAAUCCCAAAGAAGGAAUGUUGUCCUAACAAUUGUGAAGCAUUUAAGUAUAUUAAUGCAUGCAGAGAAAAUCCUGUGCCAAAAUACUGUUUCAUAUUUCCCGAUGUUGGAAACUGAAGUGUUACACAAAGCUACUAGUAAGUUAUUCACAAGUACUGAAACAUUUUGUUCACAAAUGAAGCACUUAUUUAGUCCUGUAAAUUAUACAUAUUUUGGAAUAAAGUUAACUUCAACCAA